UUUCAUCCUCGGGCUUUCAGCUCACAGUCGCAGCCUGCCGUUAUUGACGGGAAGGAACGAAGCAGCGAGGCGAGCAACCGUCGGAUAUAUCCCGCCGGUCGCCGGAACCAUUUGAGAAUUCUGGCCAAAACGGCCUAAAACUUGUGUAGGAAUGGCGAGUCCGGCGCCUGUCUCUUCUCCACCUCCUCCCAACUCUACUGCACCUGCGCCAUCCAACUCUACGUCCUCCCCUCCGCCGCCCCCUUCCGCCUCGCCGCCUACGCCUUCCAGCACCCCGCCACCCAGCUCUUCUCCCCCACCACCCAGUUCUCCUCCGCCUUCCAGCCCUGCUCCUCCUCCGCCUUCCACCCCUGCUCCCUCUUCCUCGCCUCCGCCACCUGCCACCCCCUCUUCCUCGCCUCCGCCUCCUGCCACCCCCUCUUCCUCGCCUCCGCCUCCUGCCACCCCCUCUUCCUCGCCUCCGCCACCUGCCACACCCUCUUCCUCGCCUCCGCCACCUGCCACCCCCUCUUCCUCGCCUCCACCGCCUGCUGUCCCGUCUUCCUCACCUCCACCGCCGCCACCUCCUCCAUCUUCGCCUUCUCCUCCGUCAUCUUCUUCGGCGUCCUCCUCAUCGGUGUCAUCUGGCCUGAUUGUCGGAGUUGCGAUUGCUGGCGUAGCUGUUGUGCUGUUCCUCGUAAUUCUUUUCUUCUGCUUAAGGAAGAAGAAGCGGCGUAACGGUGACUGGGACAGCUACGGCCGGCCGCCGCCACCGCCAAUGCAUCAACCUCAACCACCAUAUCCACCCAAAGUCGAUCCUUACGGUGCAUACGCUCAAAGUUGGCAGAAUGCAGCCCCACCUCCUUCAGACAAUGUGGUCAAGAUUCACCAUCCUCCUUCACCUCCUCCACCAUUUCCUUCACGGCCACCACAACCUCCAGCUCCACCGGCACCUGUGUUCAGCAGUGGAGGGGCUUCUAGUUCCACAUUCUCAGGAUCGGAUGUGCUGCUCCCUCCACCAUCACCUGCCCUUUCACUGGGUAUGCAGAGCACCUUUACAUACGAGGAAUUAGCAAUUGCAACAAAUGGGUUCGCGUCAUCUAACCUUCUCGGCCAAGGUGGUUUUGGAUAUGUUCACAAAGGAAUCCUUCCCAAUGGCACCGAAGUUGCUGUCAAACAGUUGAAAUCUGGCAGUGGACAGGGUGAGCGUGAAUUCCAGGCAGAGGUGGAGAUAAUUAGCCGAGUACAUCAUAGGCAUCUAGUUUCUUUAGUUGGUUACUGUAUAACCGGAAGCCAAAGGAUGCUUGUAUAUGAAUUUGUUCCCAACAACACACUUGAAUUCCAUUUGCACGCAAAGGGAAGACCAACCAUGGAUUGGCCAACACGUUUAAAAAUUGCAUUUGGGUCAGCUAAAGGACUUGCUUAUCUUCACGAGGACUGUCAUCCUCGUAUAAUACAUCGUGACAUUAAGGCAUCAAACAUACUCCUUGAUUACAAUUUUGAAGCCAAGGUUGCUGAUUUUGGGCUUGCAAAACUUUCUUCUGAUACUAAAACGCAUGUUUCCACUCGAGUGAUGGGAACUUUCGGGUACCUUGCCCCAGAAUAUGCUUCCAGUGGAAAACUCACUGAAAAGUCUGACGUAUUUUCCUUUGGUGUGAUGCUCUUGGAGCUGAUUACCGGGCGUAGACCUGUUGAUAGUUCUCCUUCUUUCGUGGAAGAUAGCUUGGUGGACUGGGCAAGGCCUUUACUUACACGAGCGCUCGAGGAUGGAAACUAUGAUGCACUUGUCGACCCAAAGUUGCAGAAUGAUUAUAACCACAAUGAGAUGGCACGAAUGGUUGCCUGUGCAGCAGCAGCUGUAAGGCAUUCGGCAAGGCGAAGGCCCCGAAUGAGUCAGAUCGUCAGAGCCUUGGAAGGUGGUGUCUCUCUUGAAGACCUGAAUGAAGGAGUUAGGCCCGGACACAGCACAGUUUACAGCUAUGGGAGUUCUGAAUACGACUCAAGCCAGUAUAACGAAGAUAUGAAGAAUUUCAGGAGAAUGGCACUAGGAAGCCAGGAGUAUGGCACCAGCGGACAAAGCAUGCCAACCAGCGAAUACGGGCUAAGUGGAUCAAUAUCGAGCAGCGAAGGCCAGCAAACUCGAGAGUUGGAGAUGGAGAAGAGGAAGAGAGCAAGUGACGUAAUAGAGAAAGCCAAUGAUGCUGAAUCUCGCUGAUGGCUGUCCAGUGUCCAUGCCACGUAAAUUCUUCAGUCUUUUCUCUUCUGCCUUUAUUAUUCUUCUCUUUUACCUUUAUUGUGGUAUUUAUUAGAAUCAAGCGUAUGGAAAAAGAUGGUCUGAAGUCAAAGUUUCGUUAUGCUUUCCUUUCUAUUGGUUAUUGAAUCAUCCAAACGAACAAAUUUUGCAUGUAUUCUUUUGUACUGCUACUUCUUCCUAGUCUCCACACAUCCCUUUUGAAUUGUGAAAACUUUCUUCAUUCUCUGUAAGUAA